AAAAUGUGUUGCAAUUGCUGUAGUGUAAAACAACAGAAAAUAUGGGUUUUCUCAAUUGGUACCAUACUAACUGUGCUGGGUGCUAUAAUGAUACCCUUUUGGCCGACCUGGUCCGAUGAUAUUGUCAAAUCGAUGAUGUCAUUAUCUCCCGGCUCGAUUAUCUACAACAAAUGGGUUGUCACACCGUUGCCAGUUUAUAUGAGCUUUUAUAUGUACAAUUGGACAAAUCCCGAAGAGGUGUAUAAUCCCGAAGUAAAACCAAAUUUCGAAGAAGUUGGUCCCUAUACAUUCAAAGAUAUAAAAGUAAAGGAAGAUUUACACUGGAAUGAUGCCAAUAAUACUGUGACAUUUUUCUCAACAAAUACCUGGACAUUUGUGCCGGAGAAAUCUAAGGGGAGCUUGGAUGAUAUGGUCCGAAUGGCACAUUUUCCAACGGCUGCUGCGGCAAAAAUCUCUCGUCGCUGGCAUCGAAUUGUACGGAAGGUCAUUAAUUUUGGUUUGGAGCGGGAAGGUGGUGCAAUCUCAAUGACCUAUAACGCCAUGGAUUGGUUGUUUGAUGGCUUCGUCGAUAGGCUAGUCGAUUUUGCUUAUCGAUUACAUUCACCGCUAUUUCCACUGACAUCAGAUCGUUUCGGUUGGUUCUAUGAGCGGAACAAUUCUAAAGAGGCUGAGGGCACCUACACCAUUUCCACGGGGAAGGGUAAUUUGAUAGAUAGAGGUGAAACCCGAUUGUGGAAUGGUACAGCUCAAACGAAAUAUUGGGAAGGUGAAUGUGGCCGAGUGAAUGGCAGUCUUGGUGAUUUAUGGGCACCGGGAAGAUCAUGGGAUGAUCCCGUCUCUAUUUUCCUUUAUGACGCUGGGCGUUUUUUAAAUAUUUUCCCCAUUCAAAAUGAAACGUAUCGGGGUGUUGAUGUCCGCCGUUAUGAAUCGACAAAUAGGACACUUGAUAAUGGCCAGAUUGUAGAGGAUACGAAAUGUUUUUGUGUCAAAAAUAAUGAAUGUCCUGACAAUGGUGUGUUGGAUUUUUCACCAAAGGCAUAUCGGGCGCCGGUCUAUAUGUCACAUCCACAUUUUUAUAUGGCUCCAGAGAAGUAUAGAGAAAAUACGACAGGUUUGAAACCCGACACGGAGCAUGGUACGUAUGUGAUAAUGGAGCCCAAGUGGGGUUUACCCAUGAAGGUCAAGGGUCAGAUGAUGGCUAGUAUUCUAAUGGAAAGGGAUGAACAAUUGGAUAUACUCAAAAACCUGGCUCACAAUUUCUAUGCUCCUCUACUGAGAAUUUCUCUUGAUGCCGAAAUCGAUGAUGAAAUGUUGGACUUGGUUAAGCUGAUGUUAAAGCUUCCCUCGAUAGGGGUAUAUAUAGGUGCGGGAUUUUUAACCAUCGGCCUUGUGAUGCUUAUUUUUGGCUUCUAUGCCACCAAAACCCAUAAAUGGCGUGGUGAUAUUUAUCCGGGAGUAAAUGCUGAAAAUCCUGUAGUGAUGUCUUCCAAUGAAAAGAUGGCAGCCUCAGGUGGAAACUCCGAAAACAUCAAUGAGAAAGUAUCGGUAGAAGAAAAUACCACCAAUGAACAGGCUGUGGAGGAUAGUAUUUCCCAAUCAGAAACUAUUACAGAAGAAGCCAGUGAAUCCAGAGGAGUUUCAGAGGAAAAUACGAAAAUAGAUCCUAUAGCGGAAGGCGAUAAAACAAACGAAAACAAAAAGACUGAUUAG